AUGGAACAUCCUGAGAUGCGGAAACUCACGUCGUGUGUGGGCUAUGCUAAGAGGAUGGCAGCCAGAAUGCAGCUCAACGCCGUGAAGGAGCAGCUUAACAUCGUCCUGGUUGCGCUAGCUGGUUCGACUAAUGCGAAGACGGAUGCUUCAGGCUGCGCCGGCGGCAGGUGCAAUGUCUCCAAUCAGUCGGUCCAGACAGAGGUAAACGUCAUUACAGAAAAAGAAUACUCUGUUUUGAUGAACGCUGUCGUGGCGAGGGCCGAACAGUGCCAGGAGCAGUCGCAGUCUUUGUUACGUCGGCAAAACGCUGUCAUUGAACAGCUGCAUUCCGAGACUCGCUCACUUCGUUUGCAAUCAGAGAUGCGUGAGUUGCCAGCCUCAGCAGCCACGAAAAUUGCAGAUGCAUCAGACCAGCCACGACUAUGGCCAGGAGUUGCGUCGUCUUCAACACCAUCGACUUUGGAGGAAACGGAUCCUUCACGUGACUUCCAAUCAGAGAAGACCCUCAUUGAACAGCACGGGAUAGACAGGAUGGCUCAAAAACGACAAAGACGUGAAGACCGCCACCGCCUACGUGCACGGUCAGCUCAGGAGUUGCACAUACCCGGAGCAGACGAAUCACAGCACGAUGUGAUGGAGUUUGACUAG